GGAGCCGAAGGACCCCGGCGCAGCCGCCAUCUUGGAGCCGGCCCCGAGCGUCGCUUCCCGGCCCUCCGCGCCGCCGCUGGCGUCCUCGGUUCUGCCGGGCAGGAUGAACGUGAUAGACCACGUGCGGGACAUGGCCGCCGCGGGGCUGCACUCCAACGUGCGGCUGCUCAGCAGCCUGUUGCUUACAAUGAGUAAUAACAACCCGGAGUUGUUCUCCCCGUCUCAGAAGUACCAGCUCCUGGUCUAUCAUGCCGACUCCCUGUUUCACGAUAAGGAAUACCGGAAUGCCGUGAGUAAGUAUACCAUGGCUUUACAGCAAAAGAAAGCCCUUAGUAAAACUUCAAAAGUGAGACCUGCAACUGGAAAUUCGGCAGCUACUCCACAGAGUCAGUGUCUUCCAUCUGAAAUUGAAGUGAAAUACAAAAUGGCUGAAUGUUACACAAUGCUAAAGCAAGAUAAAGAUGCCAUUGCUAUACUUGAUGGGAUCCCUUCCAGACAAAGAACUCCCAAAAUAAACAUGAUGCUGGCCAGUCUGUACAAGAAGGCAGGUCAGGAGCGGCCUUCCGUCACAAGCUACAAGGAGGUGCUGCGGCAGUGCCCCUUGGCCCUCGAUGCCAUUCUGGGUUUGCUGUCUCUUUCUGUGAAAGGUGCAGAGGUGGCCUCCAUGACAAUGAAUGUGAUCCAGACUGUGCCUAACUUGGACUGGCUCUCCGUGUGGAUCAAAGCCUAUGCGUUUGUGCAUACUGGUGACAACUCGAGAGCAAUCAACACCAUUUGUUCGCUGGAGAAGAAAUCCUUACUGCGAGAUAAUGUGGACCUCCUGGGAAGCUUAGCCGAUCUCUACUUCAGAGCUGGAGACAAUAAAAACUCUGUCCUGAAGUUUGAGCAGGCGCAGAUGUUGGAUCCUUACCUGAUAAAAGGGAUGGACGUCUAUGGCUACCUGCUGGCCCGGGAAGGACGGCUGGAGGACGUGGAGAACCUCGGCUGCCGCCUCUUCAAUAUUUCUGAUCAGCACGCAGAACCCUGGGUGGUCUCCGGGUGUCACAGUUUCUACAGCAAGCGCUACUCCCGGGCCCUGUACUUGGGAGCCAAGGCCAUCCAGCUCAACAGCAGCAGUGUCCAGGCACUGCUUCUGAAGGGGGCAGCCCUGAGGAACAUGGGCCGAGUCCAGGAAGCUAUCAUCCAUUUCCGAGAGGCCAUCCGGCUGGCACCUUGUCGCUUAGAUUGUUAUGAAGGUCUUGUCGAGUGUUACUUGGCCUCCAGCAGUGUCCGUGAGGCGAUGGUCAUGGCCAACAACGUGUACAAGACGCUGGGGGCCAGUGCGCAGACCCUUACCCUCUUAGCCACUGUCUGUCUCGAAGACCCAGUGACGCAGGAGAAAGCCAAAAGCUUAUUGGACAAAGCCCUCACCCAGCGGCCAGAUUACAUCAAGGCUGUGGUGAAAAAAGCAGAGCUGCUUAGCAGAGAACAGAAAUAUGAAGAUGGAAUUGCCUUGCUCAGGAGCGCACUGGCCAAUCAGAGUGACUGUGUUUUGCACCGCAUCCUGGGGGAUUUCCUGGUAGCUGUCAAUGAGUACCAGGAGGCGAUGGACCAGUACAGUAUAGCACUAAGUUUGGACCCCAAUGACCAGAAGUCUCUAGAGGGGAUGCAGAAGAUGGAGAAGGAGGAGAGCCCCACGGAUGCCACUCAGGAGGAGGAUGUGGACGACAUGGAAGGGAGUGGGGAAGAAGGGGACCUGGAGGGCAGCGACAGUGAGGCGGCCCAGUGGGCCGACCAGGAGCAGUGGUUCGGCAUGCAGUGAGGGCAGCUCGACGUGCCGCCUGCGCCGAGCGAUCCCCGGACCCUGCACGCCGUGGGAGCUGCCCUGAGAGGACAGAAAUACCGUGCGUGGCAAGCGUGGGAGCCCAGCACCGAGCUCCUGGCCUGGCCAGCCUGCAGGACGUGCCUUCCCACAGCAGGGAGGACCACGGAGCGCUGGGACCCACACGUGCAGCUGCGGGCAGGGUGUUCUGAUGAGGCUCCUGGAGGAGACCACUUCGUCUGGGACGCGAGUGGCCUUGCAGGAGUGACCCACCUCCCAAGUCCAGGGUCAUUGCCCUGGAAGGCCGCGCAGCUGGCCCUGCACUCCUGGGCCGAGCAGACCUUCCCUUGUAAUUCGCUUCCUUCUGCAAGUUAGUGAUGCCUUAAGCUGCCAGCUGCUAGGUGCAGGACAGCUUUCCUAGGUGCGCAGCUGGUCCCUGGCUGUGCCUGGGCCAAUGGGCAACAUGGGUGUGGUGAGAACAUGGCAGGGGUGCGCCUUGGCAGUUAACUAAUAAAAGUGCUUUGUACA